GAACAACGCUGACUUUCCCAGCAAAUACGGUGUUGGCUGUGGCUGGUACUGUGUGAACGGAUGGCAGAUCCAUUUUAUGUUGAGGGUGAUUUAGAGGAUUUUGAAGAGGAGGACGAUCCAGAAAAUCAGUUUUACGGCGAGGAACAAUGCAAUGAAGACGAUGAAAUCACUCCGGAUAUGUGGCAAGAAGCCUGUUGGAUUGUGAUCAGCAGUUAUUUCGAUGAAAAGGGGUUAGUCAGACAGCAGUUGGACUCCUUUGAUGAAUUUAUUCAAACAUCAAUUCAAAAAAUUGUUGAAGACUCGCCUAUUAUUGAAUUACAAGCAGAAGCUCAACAUACCGGGGGAAUUCUCGAGACUCCCGUUCAAUAUCGUUUAAAAUUCGAGCAGAUCUAUCUAAGUAAAGCUACUCACUGGGAAAAAGACGGCUCUUCAGUACCGAUGACGCCCAACGAUGCAAGACUGAGAAAUCUCACGUAUGCGGCACCACUUUACGUCGAUGUGAUGAAAAGAAUCAUAAGGGAUUCUGCGGUUGAAGAAAAACCGUUAGAGAAAAAGUUUAUUGGGAAAAUACCGAUUAUGCUGAGAUCUACGUAUUGUCUUCUGUCAGUGAUGAGUGAUCGUGAUCUGGCUGAAUUAAACGAGUGUCCAUUAGAUCCUGGAGGUUAUUUCAUCAUUAAUGGAUCGGAGAAAGUUUUGAUAGCCCAAGAGAAAAUGGCUACUAAUACAGUGUAUGUUUUCCGACAAAAAGAUAGUAAAUAUGCCUACAAAACAGAGAUUCGAUCGUGUCUUGAGCAUAGUUCACGACCUGCUAGCACCCUAUGGAUUAAUAUGAUGGCACGUGGCGGCAAAGACGGGAGCAAGCGGGCUACUAUCGGUCAAAGAAUUGUAGCUAUUCUACCCUAUAUAAAACAAGAGAUUCCUGUCUUAAUUGUUUUCCGUGCAUUAGGUUUUGUGGCAGAUCGUGACAUCUUAGAGCAUAUCAUCUAUGAUUUUGAUGAUACGGAGAUGCGUGAAAUGAUUAAACCAUCACUGGACGAUGCCUUUGUGAUUCAAGAGCAGAAAGUUGCCCUUAAUUUUAUUGGUUCACGUGGUGCUCGUCCUGGCGUCACGAAAGAAAAGCGAAUAAAAUAUGCCAAAGAAAUCCUACAGAAAGAAACUUUACCACAUGUCGGUGUUUCUGAUUUUUGUGAAACUCGAAAGGCAUACUUUCUUGGUUACAUGGUACAUCGCCUCCUGUUGGCUGCGCUAAAACGUCGUGAUGUUGACGAUCGGGAUCAUUAUGGCAAUAAACGAUUAGAUUUGGCGGGACCCUUGCUUGCCUUUCUCUUUCGUGGACUGUUUCGAAAUCUUACCAAGGAGAUUCGUUUGUAUGCUCAAAAGUUUAUAGACAAGGGGAAAGAUUUCAAUUUGGAACUUGCUAUACGCAGUCAAAUUAUCACUGAUGGGCUGAAGUAUUCGCUGGCCACAGGGAAUUGGGGUGAUCAAAAAAAGGCGAAUCAAGCACGUCCAGGUGUUUCACAGGUGCUUAAUCGAUUAACAUUCGCGUCGACAUUGUCUCACUUGAGACGGCUGAAUUCACCUAUCGGGAGAGAUGGAAAGUUGGCAAGGCCUAGACAAUUGCAUAACACUUUGUGGGGUAUGAUAUGUCCAGCUGAAACGCCUGAAGGACAUGCUGUCGGGCUGGUAAAAAAUCUUGCUCUUAUGGCGUAUAUAUCUGUGGGGAGUCAACCAUCGCCUAUUCUGGAAUUCUUAGAAGAAUGGAGUAUGGAGAAUUUAGAGGAGAUUGCACCUUCAGCUAUUGGGAAGACCUGCAAGAUAUUUGUCAACGGAUGUUGGGUAGGCAUUCAUAGUUCACCGGAUCACUUAAUGGGUACUCUGCGGAAACUUCGUCGUCAAGUUGAUGUCAUCGUCAGUGAGGUCAGUAUGAUUCGAGAUUAUCGAGAUCAAGAAAUCCGAAUCUACACAGAUGCUGGGCGUAUUUGUCGUCCUUUAGUCAUUGUUGAGAAAGGCAAGCUACUUUUAAAACGUAGUCAUAUUGAAUUAUUAAAGGAUAAGGCAUACAAUCGUUAUAGUUGGCAGGAUCUUGUGCUCAGUGGUGUCGUGGAGUAUAUCGAUACUCUUGAAGAAGAGACUGUGAUGAUAGCUAUGGGUCCUGCAGAGAUGCAAGCUGCAGUGAAUUACUGUAAAACGCAUACACACUGUGAAAUUCAUCCCAGCAUGAUAUUGGGGAUUUGUGCCAGUAUUAUUCCCUUUCCUGAUCAUAAUCAAUCACCAAGGAAUACGUAUCAAAGUGCUAUGGGUAAACAAGCCAUGGGUGUGUAUAUCAGUAAUUUCCAUACGAGAAUGGAUACAUUGGCUAAUGUUUUAUACUAUCCUCAAAAACCCCUCGUCUCUACACGAUCUAUGGAGUAUUUACGCUUUAGAGAACUUCCAGCUGGCAUCAAUGCAAUCGUUGCUAUAGCAACCUAUACUGGUUAUAAUCAAGAAGAUUCUGUCAUCUUAAAUGAAAGUGCUAUACAACGUGGAUUUUUUAGAUCUGAAUUUUACCGAACCUAUAAAGAUCAAGAGACUCGACAUGGUAUGGAUUUAGAGGAGGUAUUCGAGAAACCGAAUCCACAAAAUUGUCAAGGAAUGCGUCAUGCUAUCUACGACAAGUUAGAUGAUGAUGGCUUGAUUGCACCUGGGACAAGAGUUUCAGGCGAUGAUGUACUCAUUGGUAAGACGAUUACACUGCCAGAAAAUGAAGAUGAGACUACCCAUAAAAAUGUCUGCCAGAAUCGGACCCAGGCGGCUUCCCAUGACGACUCCGUCAAUUUGGCGGUACAUAGUGUUGUUGAACGUAAAUGACGGAAGGCAGUCAACGACGAUUUACUAAACGUGAUGCCAGUGUAUUUAUGCGUCGUAGUGAAUAUGGCAUCGUCGAUCAAGUUAUGGUGACAUGGAAUAACGAAGGGAAUAAAUUUUGUAAAGUUCGUGUGCGUACUACAAAAGCACCUCAAGUUGGUGAUAAAUUUGCUAGUCGACACGGGCAAAAAGGGACUUGUGGUAUACGAUAUCGUCAAGAGGAUAUGCCAUUUACAUGUGAAGGGAUUACACCGGACAUCAUUAUUAAUCCACAUGCUAUACCUAGUCGUAUGACAAUUGGUCACUUGAUCGAAUGCUUACAGGGUAAAGUAAGCGCAAAUAAAGGUGAAAUUGGUGAUGCUACGCCAUUCAAUGAUGCUGUCAAUGUGCGGAAAAUUUCAAUCCUUUUACAAGAAUAUGGUUACCAGCACACUGGUAACGAGAUCAUGUACAAUGGUUUCACUGGACGCAAAUUAAAUUCACAAAUUUUCUUAGGACCAACAUAUUAUCAACGUUUAAAACAUAUGGUCGAUGAUAAAAUUCACAGUCGUUCCCGAGGGCCUGUACAAAUUCUUAAUCGUCAGCCAAUGGAAGGUCGUAGUCGUGAUGGUGGGUUGCGUUUCGGUGAAAUGGAACGUGACUGUCAGAUCGCGCAUGGUGCAGCUCAAUUCUUACGUGAACGAUUAUUUUUCGCCAGCGAUCCAUAUCAAGUGUAUGUGUGUAAUUUGUGUGGAUUGAUAGCUAUUGCUCAUCAAAGGAAUAAGACAUAUGAGUGUCGAUGUUGUAAGAAUACAACUCAGAUCUCCUUGAUCAAAUUACCCUACGCGUGUAAACUGCUAUUCCAAGAAUUAAUGUCCAUGUCCAUCGCACCGAGAAUGAUGAUUAACAGUCCAGUCGCUUAGUGUGUGGAGUGAAAGAACGAAUGCACUGGAUAAUUCCAUUUGUGUGACUAUAUAAUAAUGAGUAUUAUUAUUAUUUUGUAAAUAUAAACUUUUCAUACUG